UGGAACUGCAGUUAUUGUUCAUGGUAUCUCGAUUCCCUUACCGGAACACCAUACAGUCAUCGUUUCAGCAACUGAAAAAUCUACAGUCGACAUUGAACAACUAGUACCAAAGGAAUUUUACCAUCGCCUCCAUAUGUUUAAAGAAUAUGAUGCUUCAAUUCUCCCACCACAUCGACCGUCCCAUGAUAUUGAAAUAGUAUUGGAAGAAGGGAAACGACCACCAUAUGGACCUAUAUAUGGAUUAUCUCAAAUCGAAUUGAAGGCACUACGAGAAUAUCUUGAUGAAAAUUUACCCAAAGGAUUUAUUCGGGCUAGUGAGUCACCAGCGGGAGCACCUAUAUUAUUUGUGAAGAAAAACGAUGGAACCCUUCGACUUUGUGUUGAUUAUCGAGGUCUAAAUGCAAUCACAAUCAAGAAUCGAUACCCACUACCAUUGUUAAAGGAAACUCUAGCCAAGUUGUCAAGAGCACAAUACUAUACCAAAUUGGAUUUGCGCUGGGGAUAUAAUCAAAUCAGAAUAACGGAAGGGGAUGAAUGGAAGACGGCAUUUCGGACUCGAUAUGGACAUUUCGAAUAUACAGUAAUGCCGUUUUGA